AUGCAACGAUGGUUCCUUGUGGAGGACGAGAAGACGUUCGUGUUCGGAAUCCGAUUUCGGAAUCGCUCGCUCGUCACCUUUUUCGCACUCAUUCAACUGAUUGUCGCCUCCGUCUCGUUCGCACAGCACAUCUACUCGGUCGCCCACUUUAAUAAGGUAACCGAAUCGGGUUUGGCGCCACGUUGGGGUACUGUACAGAGAUGUUGGGAAUUCCGUUUUUUUUCAAUAUUUUUUCCGUGUUCCGUGUUCCGUAAAAAAAAAAAAUUUCCGUGUUCCGUGUUCCGUGUUCCGCGUUUUUUUCAAUAUUUUUUCCGUGUUCCGUGUUCCGUAAAAAAAAAAUUUCCGUGUUCCGUGUUCCGUGUUCCGUAGAAAUAAGUUUUUUCCGUUUUCCGUGUUCCGUGUUCCGUAAAAAAAAUUUUCCGUCUUCCGUGUUCCGUGUUCCGUAGAGUAAAAUUUUUAUUCCCAACAUCUCUGGUACUGUAGCACCUUGGGAUACGGGUUUGUGGGACUGAAACUUGUUAGAAGUGUCUGUAACGUGAUUCUGGCGCUUUGAGGCAGUUUUGGAGCAAGAAGGGGUACUGUAGGAGGCUUGGGAUAACGUUUUUGAGACCAAGACAUGGUAGAAGUGUCUAGGACGUGUUUCUAGAGCUUUAAGACGGCCCUGGUACAAGUAGGGGUACUGUAGGAGGCUUGGAAAUCAGUUUUACAGACAAAGAUGGUUGCAAGCCAGUUUUCGACACAGAAACGUGUUCCUUGACGCGAUUUCGGUGCCUAGACGUGUUUUCCGAACAAAAACAUGUUCGGCAACAAGCGUUAUCCAAAUAAAAAGUUGUCCUUGACGCACGAACUAUUAUUGCAGAUCUUUCUGUGCUCAUUCAACGAAACCCGUUCGAAUUCGGGCCACUUUCUCUCGCAUGACGUCAUCAUUUUCGACUUUGGCCUCUUCCACGAGUUGAUCAAUGUAAGUGGGCGCCUGAAAUGCAAAAGAGCGCGGCAGAAAUGGAUAUUGUAGGUCCAAGAAUGUAUAGCGAACUAUUUGGACGGCGGCUACAUGCGAUGUCUGUGGUGUUUCACUCAAAUGAUCGCACUGACGAUGACUAUUUGUGAGUGGACAAUAUCCGAGCGGGAUUGGAUAUUGUAGACUUUCAGGGACGACGCUUUGCAUUCCGAAACCGCAUCCACUUCUUUUGUGGCCAAUGCUCAUCAUUCAGAAUGCCUACUGCUUCGGACUGGUCAUUUUGACUAUUGCCACUGCCGAUAAGGUAAGGCAUACGAGUUUUUUUGGGAAAUGUACAAUAGCGGGGGGACGAAUCCUAUCAAUUUUCGGUGUUUUCAGUUGCUCGUGGCGCUGUUCCACCCGGUGAACGCGCACCUGAACCUGAUGAUCGCGUACUUUGCCGUCGGCACGUCCAUCAAUCACUUCUUCGACUACAUCCUCUGGCACUACUACUGGUUCGAGGAGUUUCAGUACAUUGGCCGCACCGGAAAACACGUCAUCCCUUUUUGGGUUUGA